AUGACAGCUUCUUUCAAGCUACCGUGUCUCGUGAAAAAACGAAAACCUCCUGUUAAUUUUUCGCUUUUCGAAUGGAGAGAUAUAAGUAUAAACGAACAGCUUGGAAGUGGGACGUUUGGCUCUGUGUAUCUGGUGAACUACGAAAAAGAAGAGCAAAAUGUCAUCGUAAAGAGAAUGAAAGGAGAGUCGGCCGAGCCUACACGAAGAUUUGAGAAAGAGGCUGCAAUACUUCACACGGUAAAGGGCCGCAGAAAUGUGUGUGAAUUCCUGAAAUUUUGCCAAGAACCGUACGCCAUUAUGAUGGAGUACUCGUGUUUCGACUUUAAUUUUCUUGAAGUUGACAAGAAAGUGAGUUCUCUUGAGGACUUCAUUCAGUGA